AUGGAGGAGAACAGUAUUACUAUACUGGAGGAACCCAAAAAAUUCCGUAAGGCAAUUUAUAUAUCUGCAUUAGUUGCUGCUAUGGGUGGAUUUAUUUGUGGUUAUGAUACUGGUGCCAUUAGUGGUAUAUUGGCUAUGCCUACUUUCCAAGCAUAUUUCUUUACUGAGGAAAAUAUGACUUAUUUGCAAGGUCUUUUGCUAGCACUAUACCUUAUGACAGCAGCUUUAGGAGCAUUUAUUGCUGGUUUUUUGUGUGAUCGGUUUAGUCGAAAAUAUUCAAUUAUUGCCGCUUCUGCUAUUUUUUGUAUUGGUAUUCUUCUCGAGAUUAUCGGCGUCAAUUUUGGCCUCUUAUUAGCUGGAAGAUUGAUCGGUGGUUUUGGAUCAGGUUUAAUGAAUAGCGCUAUACCAUUAUAUCAUUCAGAGAUUGCUCCUGCUGACAUUCGUGGUCGUUUAAUCAGUUUUUUCACAUUAAUGGCAUCACUAGGUCAGGUUACCGGUUAUUUUGUAACGUUUGGUACAAGCUAUGUAACAACAAACUGGUCAUGGCGAGGUCCCUGGCUUUUACAUAUAAUUGUUUGUAUCAUAUUUACAGGAAUUAUGACACAAAUGCCUUUCAGUCCUCGUUGGCUAAUCGAUAAAGGCCGUUACGAUGAAGGCUUAGAGGUUUUGAUGGAGCUGCAUGAAGUGACAGAUCCAAAACAUGUCAUUGUCUCACGUGAAUAUAACGAAAUUGUUCAAGAAAUAGAAUUUGAACAUACCUUAGGGGACGUUAGAUAUGUAGAACUUUUUGUUGGAACUAAUCUUAAACGUACUUUAAUUUCAUUUUUCAUAUCUAUCUCGACUUCCUUCACGGGCUAUGCAGCUAUCGGUUACUACGCUCCACAGAUAAUUCAAAAUGCUGGCCUAAGUGACGCCUCAACCUCAAUUGCAGCCACCGGUGGUACGGGUAUUUUAUCGUUACUAAUGGCUUUCGUUUCACUCCAGUGGUUUAUUGAUCGUGUUGGUCGCAAGCCCGUUUUUUUGAUUGGUGCUAGCAUUAUGGGUAUUAGUAUGUUUAUUGUUGGUGCUCUCUUUCAAGUUUAUAUAAAGGUGGAUGUAGAGAGCUAUGUAGUAAUGGUGACCAAUGUUUAUGCUCGCAACGCUAUCAUUGCCUUUUUAUAUAUCUUCAUGGGAACCUAUCAGUUUAGCUGGGGAACUGUAUCCUAUGUUUAUCCUGCUGAAGUCUUUAAUAUGCGUACCCGAGCAAAAGGUUUAGCACUCACUUAUGCAUUAAAUUGGGGAUUUUCAAUUUUGAUUACCUAUUGUGUGCCUCUCUUUUUAGCACAUACUGUAUCUGGUGUUUAUUUCUUUUUUGGUAGUUGUUGCUGUAUUUGCUUUAUAGGAUGUUGUUUUAUUCCAGAAACAAAAGGCAAGACAUUAGAAGAGAUGGAAUAUGUAUUUGGAGCAAAAGGAUAA